UUGUUCUUUAUACUCGGUUUGUCUGAUUCACACGUUAAUGUUAGUCGAAUGCUUCUAAAUAGGGCAAAUGAAUCCCCACAAACCCUAACUUUAUUCAUUUCACUAACACACUCAGUCCCUAAAUUUCCCAGCUUUAUCUCACCAAGCACGCUCUUACGUUGUUAGAGAGAGACUGAAAGAAGAUAAAGAAAUGUCAAACCUCAAUGUUGUCAGCAGUAACAUGUCAGAAAGUUGUAGGUGUGAUGAAUUGGUAGAGAGAAGCAAGAAAGAUGAAAUGAGGUGUGCCGAGUUAGAAUUUAAGCUUAAGAAGAAAGAUGAGCAAUGUGAAGCACUUGAGGCUAAACUCAGGGCACUUGAAGGUGAGGUGGAAGUUUUGAGGGUGUCUAGUGAAGGGCGUAAGGAGAAAAAAGUUGGCAAUGUAAAAGAUGGAGAAGUGAACACGGUUAUUGAUUUGACAGAUGAUAGUGAGAUUGAACAACUAUUGAUUGAAAACAGUGUUUUGGAAUGUGAGAAGAAAAAGUAUAAGAGUGAGGCUGAGGUCUGGAAAGACAGGUACUGGAAACUGGAAUCAUGGGCCUCACAGUUGAAGCCGGAAAGUGGCUGUUAUUACCAUGAAGAAAAUGGAAAGAAGGAGGAAAGUGGUGUGAUUAGGACUGGUGGUAGUUCGCAUCUAGAACCAAUUAUGGAUUCUAGAGUGCUAAGUGUUGGGAGAGUUAAAAGGAAAAUGACAUUUGAGAUUGAAGAGAGACCCAGCAAAACGAUGGCUCUAUCUGCACCCUUUGUUGCAAAAUCUGCUUCUGUUUUUGCAACUGAUAUCCUUGACAGUGAUGAUGAACCCAAUAUUCCCCAACACCCUUUCCUAGAUAGUGAGGGUAGCGGAGAUACUUUUGUAACAUCGUGUUUUCCUGGAGAAAAUGAGAAGAUUUCUAGCAGUUAUGCCAAAAACAAUGAGGAAGAUAGGAAUUCUGGUGAAGAUUUACCUUUUGUGGUAACACCUAAGAGGAAACGAAAUUGUAAUGUUGUCUCAAGUGAGUCAGAAAAUGACAAUGAUGAUGUGCCGAUUAGUAAAUUAAAGAGGAUGCAUAUUCAGGAAGUAAGACCUAAUGAAGUCAGAUGUGACACAAAUAACUUUGUAGCUGCUUCUGCUUCAGCAGUCGACAAGGUUAUCGGGACUGUAACACCUAGGCAGCGUAUAAUGCCACUCAGAAAAUUGGCCAAAAAAAGUCAAGAAGGUAGAACAGCGUAUACAUCUAGUAGGGCCAAACAUCAACAAUGUAAUCUGAAAAAUGCUGCUGCUGAUGAUGAUGAGUCACAAGAGGAUUUGUCUGACUGUGAAGAUGAAUGCAUGAGUGAUUUUAUUGUUGACGAUUUUGAUGAGUUGUCUUCUGAUAAUCACACGAGUGAUACAAGAGAUGUAUCUGAUGAGGACAUAGACUUCAGUAAGAUAUUAUCACAAAUUCAGAGGAAGAAAGAUCACAUGGAGUGGGAAUUUGAGGCUGAUAUGCUUGCAGAUUUUGGCAAAGAUUCUGAAUUGUGUAUGAAGGCUGUGUGUGCUCUCUAUCAACAGCAAACUUCUGAGGAACAGAUGAGCAGGGGAACAUUGUAUACUAACCAGCGAGGAUUCAGCAAGUUUGAUGCUAACAGAGGGAGCACUUUGGCCGAGUACCUCACUCAUGGAGAUCCUCGUGGUGGUUUGAAGAAGUCUCUCAAGGAAUUGCAAGAACAUGACCCCAAAGCAGUUGAACUAUGCAGAACCUUUGCCAUUCGCUACUCAAAGCAGCUAUACCAUAUCUACAUAAACAAAGAGAACCCUUUCUUUCCUUAAUUACGUUUCAGUCUUAGGUUGAAACAAACACCAACUAGAUUAUAUAAUUAUGUUUCAAUUUAAAUAUUAUGGUGCCUAUAUGUGUAUGCAUAUGCUGUCCACUGUUACUCUUUUAAUUAGUUAUAAUCGUAUUUUUAGUAA